AAGCCAGAAAGUAUUCUUUCUUAGUCAGUGUAAUAAACAGUUUCCUAAAUAGUAUUUUACUAUUAUAUAGUCAUAUAAAAAUGUUGAUUAAAAUAAAUAAUAAGAUGUGUUCGUGUUCGUGUAGCGGAGAUAACGUAGUUGGUUUCUAGGAGAGAGAGAGACGGAGACAAAAGCUAGAAAAGGGUUUGAAACGGAGAAGACGAGGAGAUCGAAACACUAACAAAGAAAGAAACUUUAAGAACCUUGAGAGGGAGAGAGAGGAAAACAAAUGUCUUUCCGCAGCAUAGUUCGUGAUGUGAGAGACAGUAUAGGAAGCCUAUCAAGACGUAGAUUCGACUUUAAGUUAAGCAGCCUGCACAGAGAAGGAGGCAAAUCUCGUGGUUCGGUUCAAGACUGUCAUGAGGAACAACAAGUACAACAACAGCCUCUAGUACUUGUUCAAGAAACCCCUUGGGCAAAUCUUCCUCCUGAGCUGUUGCAUGAUGUGAUCAAAAGGCUGGAAGAGAGCGAAAGCGCCUGGCCUGCUCGUAGACAUGUGGUUGCUUGUGCUUCUGUCUGCAGGUCAUGGAGAGAUAUGUGCAAAGAGAUUGUUCAAAGGCCCGAGCUUUCCGGCAAAAUCACAUUCCCUGUUUCCCUCAAACAGCCUGGACCAAGAGAUGCGACAAUGCAAUGCUUUAUCAAAAGGGAUAAGUCUAAUCUCACUUACCAUCUAUACCUUUGUCUCAGUCCUGCUUUGUUGGUUGAGAAUGGAAAGUUUCUACUUUCGGCGAAACGCAUAAGAAGAAGUACUUACACUGAGUACGUGAUCUCUAUGCACGCAGACACCAUUUCAAGAUCAAGCAACACCUACAUUGGCAAGAUUAGGUCUAACUUCCUUGGGACAAAGUUCAUCAUAUACGACACACAACCUCCAUACAACAAACCCUCUCAGGCGCUCCAGCCGCUAGGCCUUAGCCGCAGGUUUUACUCGAAGAGAGUAUCUCCCAAAGUCCCUAGCGGCAGCUACAAGAUAGCUCAAGUGUCUUACGAGCUAAACGUUCUUGGCACCCGAGGUCCAAGGAGAAUGCACUGUGCUAUGCACUCAAUCCCCGCUUCUUCUCUUGCGGAAGGCGGAACGGUCCCUGGACAGCCACAGAUCAUUGUCCCUCGCUCUCUUCUUGACGAGUCUUUCCGCAGCAUUACAUCAUCCUCGUCGAGAAAGUUCACUAGCGACUACUCCACCGAGUUUAACAGCGCGCGGUUUUCCGACAUUCUAGAGGAAGGAGAAGCCGUGUUUGGAGAAGGAAAAGAGCGGGUUUCGCCGCCUCUUGUUCUUAAAAACAAGCCACCAAGGUGGCAUGAACAGCUCCAGUGCUGGUGUUUGAACUUCAGGGGACGUGUAACGGUUGCAUCGGUUAAGAACUUUCAGCUGAUUGCAGCAAACCAGCCUCAGCCUCAGCCUCAGCCUCAGCCUCAGACGUCAGGUCAGACAGAUGGUCCAGACAAGAUCAUAUUACAGUUUGGGAAAGUGGGAAAGGACAUGUUCACUAUGGAUUUUAGGUAUCCACUCUCUGCGUUUCAGGCUUUUGCUAUAUGUUUGAGCAGUUUUGAUACUAAACUCGCUUGUGAAUGAUAUAUAGCAAGAAAAAAAAAUCUGCUUUGUAUGUAAUAUGUCACAUAAUGUUUUUCUUGUAAUGAUUCAGGAGAUUCUCUUCUUUUGGUGUUUUUACUUUCACCAGAGAUCUCUGUAUUAGAUGUCUGUUUCAGUGUUCUACAUUUGAUCAUUGAUUCUUAUGCUGUUGUUUAUUAAUGCAUCAAAAAAAAAAGUUUGUCCCA